CAUGCGCCUCGUCAUUACUUCCGUAGCCGCCUAGCUUAGCCCGCUCUCGUCCGCAGAACGUUGCAGGUAUUGCAAACGUCGAGUAAGGACUGAUCAUCGAAAUUUCGCCUCCCUACUCCCAUUUUGCGUACACAAAAUAGCGGUGUAGCGCCACGACCCCUGUUAAUCAUUGAUAAAAAGAAUCGAGAGGGUAUUUUUUUGGUAUUAGUUUUCAUUUGAGCUGAGUGCCAGGCACAUCGGACGCACGCUGAUGGCGGUCACUAUUGAGGAUCUCUAUCGAAGCUACGGGGUCCUUGCUGAUGCCAAGGACGACGUCAGCCAGCACAAAGACGCCUACCAAGUCAUCCUGAAUGGCGUGAAAGGCGGGCCCAAGGAGAAGCGCCUGGCGGCUCAAUUCAUCCCAAAGUUCUUCAGCAGCUUUCCGGAGUUUGCGGACGCGGCCAUCAACGCCCAGCUGGAUCUCUGCGAAGACGAUGACGUGUCGAUUCGACGGCAGGCUAUUAAGGAGCUUCCGCGGUUUGCAACUGGCGACAACAUCCUCAAGGUCUCCGAUAUUCUCACCCAACUCCUCCAGACAGAUGACACCGCUGAAUUCAACCAAGUGAACGUUUCGCUGGUUUCCAUCUUCAAGAUCGACGCGAAGGGCACCCUCGGCGGCCUCUUCUCGCAGAUCCUUCAAGGGGAGGACAUUGUCCGCGAGCGGGCCAUUAAAUUUCUGUCCACUAAGCUCAAGACCCUGCCGGAGGACGUCAUGACAAAGGAGGUGGAGGAGUACGUCUUUGCCGAGACGAAGAAGGUGCUGGAGGACGUGACGGGCGAGGAGUUUGUGCUGCUGAUGCGUUUGGUGUCGGGACUGCGCGUGCUGCAGACGGUGAGCGGACGCCAACAGCUGGUGGAGCUGGUGGUGGACCAGGCCUUCCUGGAGCAGGCGCUCAACCCCGCCGACCCCGACACGGUGGACCGCCUGCUGCAGUGCACGCGCCAGGCACUGCCCCUCUUCUCCAAAAAUGUUCAUUCCACACGUUUUGUGACCUACUUUUGUGAACACGUUCUGCCCAACCUCAGCACGCUGACGACUCCUGUGGCCGAGCUCGACAUUCAACUCGAGGUCCUCAAACUGCUGGCGGAGAUGAGUCCUUUCUGCGGUGACAUGGACAAGCUGGAGACCAACCUCAACAUGCUUUUCACCAAGCUGCUGGAGUACAUGCCUAUGCCCCCGGAAGAGGUGGAGAAUGGAGAGCAGCAAACCGGCGAGGAGCCCAAGCUGCAGUUUAGCUACGUGGAGUGUCUGCUCUUCAGCUUCCAUCAGCUGGGCAAGAAGCUGCCCGACUUCCUCAUUGACAAAGUGGACGCCGAGCGCCUCAAAGACUUCAAGAUCAGGUUGCAGUAUUUCGCCAGAGGCCUGCAGGUUUACAUCAGACAGCUGCGAGUGGCUCUGCAGGGCAAGACGGGAGAAGCGCUCAAGACGGACGAGAAUAAGAUCAAAGUAGUGGCCCUGAAGAUUACAAACAACAUCAACGUCCUCAUCAAGGACCUCUUCCACAACCCUCCAUCAUUCAAGAGUGCCGUUUCUCUGUCUUGGAAGCCAGUCCAGAAGACCGAGGCGGCAGCCGUGGCUCUGAAGCGUCCGUCCAGCGACGACGCAGGCUCGGUCGCCAGCGUGAAGAAGCAGACGGCCCCGCAGCCUCGGCGGGACGCUCGGCAAAUCUACAACCCACCCAGCGGCAAAUACAGCGCCUCCCUAGGAAACUUAAACUACGAGCAGCGCGGCGGCUUCAGGGGCGGACGGGGACGGGGCUUCGGCACCAGAGGCAACAGAAGCCGAGGGCGGAUCUACUAAGGCGGGUCACAAGGGGAGGGGGUGUCACUCAUUGAACUGCAUCACGCCGAAAUCUUUACUGUCAAUCUAAACGGACACCACUUUUGUCCCACUUCCAUGUUUGAAUAAUUAGUUUCCAUGUUUUUUUUUUUUUUUUAAACCCCUCCUCCUCACCUCUUCCUCACAAUGGACUUUUCUAUCCAGACCAACUAGAAGUCGUCAAGAAGCCAAGGCCCGUAGCACUAGCUCCUCUCCCUUGUUUUUAUCUAAGACGUGUAUUCUUGUGGAACAAAAAGACUGCAAAGUUGUGACACACAAAUAGUUUUGGUCCCGCUGGGAAUUUUUUCAAAAGGAGAAAGAAGAAGAAAAAAAAAAAAGUCCUCAUUUUGUCCUGCAAAGUAAUGUUAGGGUGCAUUUUUUUUGUUACCUGUUUAUUUAAUCUUGUUUUCAUUUUUUAAAUUGUUGUUAGAUAAUCUUCAGUAUGAAUUGGGCAAUUAUUAGAACUUUGUAAGAAUUGACAAUGUCGGAUUUCUAUCAUAAACUUGUAUGAACGGUG